AUAAAUUGGUGAUGCGGCUGCAGUGGUUCGUCAGUGAAGCAUUUGAUUUGGUCUAAUAAACAGCAGCCAAGUGCAAUCCGAGGAUAUAGCAACACCGAGGAUUACUGUGGAAUAGUGCCGAGUGCUUAAGUGUGUGCGUUGUGAACGAAAAAGCCGUGAAUCCGCAUCCCCAUCUAGUAUCCAUAACCCAUACGCACCGUUGACCCGUGAUUGUUCAGCCAUGAAAGCCUUCAUCCUAAUGUCCUGCCUGGCGCUGGCCGCCGCCCGUCCUGAAGCCGGAUACAACUACAACCGUCCUGGUGGCGGUGGUGGCUCCGGCGGUGGCGCCGGCGGUGGCAUUGGCGGUGGCCUGGGCGUUGGUCUGGGCGGUGGAUUCGGCGGUAGUUCCGGCGGCGGAUUCGGCGGUGGUUCCGGCGGAGGAUUCGGUGGUGGAUUCGGCGGUGGCAGCGGCGGAGGCGGUGGCUUCAGCAGCGGCGGUGGUGGAGGAGGAGGCGGCGGAUUCGGCGGUGGAUUCGGAGGCGGCUCCGGCGGAGGCUUCGGCGGAGGCGGCAGCAUUGGCGGUUUCGGAGGCGGCGGCGGCGGCGGUGGCACCACCUUGGUGCAGAAGCACAUCUACGUGCACGUGCCACCACCAGAGCAGGAAGAAGUGCGCCAGCGCCCUAACCUGCCCGUGGGCCAGUCCCAGAAGCACUACAAGAUCAUCUUCAUCAAGGCCCCAUCGCCACCUUCGUACCAGGCUCCGGUUAUUCCUCUGCAGCCUCAGAACGAGGAGAAGACUCUGGUCUACGUGUUGGUGAAGAAGCCCGAGGAUCAGCAGGACAUUGUCAUCCCCACGCCCGCACCCACGCAGCCAUCGAAGCCCGAGGUUUACUUCAUCAAGUACAAGACCCAGAAGGAUUCGAGCGGCAUUUCUGGAGGUAUCUCGGGCUCCCAAGGUGGCUUCACCCAGACCAACACCGGCGGUGGUUACACCACUGGCAGCGAUGGUGGCUUCACUGGAGGAGACAGCGGCUCCAUCUCGGCCCCGUCCAGCAACUACGGACCACCUGGAAAGUCCGGACCCUACUAAGUGGAUCUUCAACCCAUCGAGAACUCAAAAUUGCGAACUUCGAACUCGGCCCAAGAUGCUGACUAGUCCUGUCGUUGACAUGCCCCCAAACUCUCACUCGAUUACCACAUCAUCCACAUCACAUUAACCAUCUCACGAUCUUCGACCACCACGUGUCCCCCAAUUAUCUCAGACCUACAUCACUCCUUUCAAAGGGGGGCGGCACUUUCGCCCACGACUUUUGUACAUAAUACGUUUCAAUCCUUCCUUUCUCACUCACUUUGGCUAUCACCUUUCGCAUCUGUACAUUUUUCACCUUCAACUAAAUUAGAGUCUUACCUUCAGCCCUGCCUGGAAAAUUCUAUUAGCUAAUAGGCGACAUGUGCGGGUUCCUUGGAUGGGAACCUCAUCUGGCGCCCGGAAGAGCGAA